UGCCGCAGCCGCCGCCACGCCACGACGCGCGCUGCCAACCGGUAACGGUCAGAGGAGUGCGGUAUCACCCUUUGUUCUCCGUGGGUGAGAGAGUGCGUGAUCCGAGACGUGUACGCGGAUAAAGAGAAUUUUGCGUCCGAGCCGAGGUCGCGUGAGUGAAACAGGACAAUAAAUAUGUCAGACGACAAUUCGCCUGUGGUGGAGGAGCAAAAAAAGAAGAGGGGCAGGCCGGCCAAGGCGGACAAGAAUGCCGUUAAGGAGCCCAAAAAGAGGGGUAGGCCCGCCGCGGAAAAGAAUAACGCGGUACGCCCCGCGAAAUCUGAUAACGAGGAUGACGCACCACCUGGACCCGUUAAAAAGGGAAGGGGUAGACCUAAGGGCUCCCACAAGAAGAAGCAAGGACCACCAAAAGGCACAACUACUUCGCCACGUGGUCGCGGUAGACCGAAAAAGACAGAAGAGAAACCUGAGCUAACCGGUGAGGAUGAAGACGAGCAGGAGGAGGAGGAGGAAGAAGAGGAAAAUUGAAGCAUCCGAAGAUGCAAUAGGGGAGGACGAAACUAACACAACUGACUUAUCCUUCGAAGAUCUUUAAAUAGAAAAUCGAAAUGAAUUCAUUUUAAAGAUUUUACUUUUGUUUCAUUUUAACUUGAUAACUCUCGAGCGAGUGUCAAAGUGGUGGACAUUGUCCAUACCGAUUAUUGGAGUUUUCUCUCACGGACUCUAAUUCGCGGUGUCACAUUGCCACACACGCACUGACAAAUUCACAGAAAAAACGUUGGAUACAAAAGUUGUGUUACAAAUUUAUUAAGUUCUUUUUCAUAUUUACUUGACAUCACUACUAUUAAUGAUAAAAUGAAAAAUCAAUACUUUUUAAGUACUACAACUACGUUACGUGUAAUCUUUUUUAAUAGUAAAAGACUGGAUAAAGAUGCAGAUCUCAAAACACUUUUUAAUUUGCCCGAGAGAAGUGAAGUUUGAUAAACCUUUUUUUAAUUAAAGAAAACUAUUUCACGCAGUAUAGAGAGUAUUGUGUCACAUGUUUGCUACCUCCUUUUCUCCCUCAUACACGUAUUACGCGAUUCAUUGUUGGCAAUGCCAAAAAAAGAACUCCAUACCGAUCUAAUACCUAUUGUAAGAGAUAGAGAAAGGUAAACGAAAAAAAAUACUUGUAUGUAACAUAUGCAGGGAAAUAUUCUUUUCUAAUUAACACUAAUAAGUACACUUUCUUAAUGAAUGUAUAUUACUGUCGUUUUUGAGGCAAGCAUAUGUGUGAAUGUCAAAUUUGUAUUAAAGUAAAUAAACUCAAAGUACUCUUA